AUGGCGUCGGUAUAUUCCAGAAACGACCACCUGCAGAGCGCGGCAAUGCUGCUCGAGCGCAUUCCGGAACACAAUUGCGUCACGGCGACGGCCCUGGUUGGACUCUACUCCGAAAUCGGACGGCUGGCGGAGGCGAGGGUUCUGUUCUCCAAUAUGCCGCACAAGGACAGCCGCCAUGCAAAUGUCGUCAAUGGAGAGAUCCAAGAAGCGUGGAAGAUCUUUAGCGAGAUGGCUCGCAGAAACGUGAUCACCUGGACGACGAUGAUCAAGGCACUGACUGGCGGUUCCCUGCAAGCCCGGGACGUGUUUGAUCGCAUGGCGCAGCGCAACACCUUGUCCUGGAACGCGAUGCUCUUGAGCUAUGUGGAAUGUGGGAAGCUCUCGAUCUCUUCCAGCAGAUCCCGGGCAAAAUCUCGUGUCCUGGAACACCAUGCUCUGCGGAUUGGAACAUGGGAGCUGUUCGUGUGUGGAGAUCUGGAACAAAUGAAGAUCUUCUUCGAUGGACUUCCACACCGUGACAUAUUCGUGGUCAAUACCAUGAUUGCUGCAUAUGGACAAGCCGGCCACUGCGCCGAGGCCAAAGAUCUGUUCGAGGCCAUGGAUGGCAGGAACGUCGUCUCCUGGAACAGCAUGAUCACAGCGGCGGACGGAACAAGCUUCGCGGCCGAUGUUUUCGCUCGAAUGCCCGGGAGAAAUGUGCGAUGA